AUGUCUAGCACAAGGCAGCGGUUGAGGCAGUCGGGAGCUUCGCGUAUAAAUAACGAUCAGAUCGCCGAUCUCGUCCCCAAAUUACAGCACCUCAUCACUGAAAUCCGCAGCCGCCGCUCCAAUAAGGCAUCGGCGUCGAAGGUGUUGCAGGAGACGUGCAACUACAUUAGGAAUCUGCACCAAGAGGUGGAUGAUCUCAGCCGUCGAUUGUCGGAGCUUCUUCAAUCCACUGACGCUGACAUUAUUAGGAGCUUGCUAAUGUGA